AUGACACGUGGAAAACAUCAACCUCCUGCACCGCCAUCGAAAGUGGCUAAAGUAAAUCGUCUUCGCUUCUUUGGUGAUAUAUUAAGAAGACCGGCAGAUCGCCUUGUUCAACGAGUUCUGAGGAGUUCGUCGGGCUCGAGCUUGAAGAAGCCACCUGGCCGAAAAAACUUCUGGACUGAGGCGGUGAAAGAGGACCUGAGGACACUCGGCGUGGAUAGGCAGUUCAGGCGAGACGUAAGGUUUCGCAGAAUAUGGAUCAGCGACGAAUGGAUUGAUUCUGUGCAAGCUCUCGCAGAAGAUCGAGAAGGUUGGGCAGAGCUGUGUUCAAGGACGGCACACCUCGGCGGAGAUGCGGACGACUUUUACGAACUGUUCGACGAAUUUGCUGAACAGCAAAGUAUUCAUUUCCACAAACGAAACUUUCGCGAAUUACAAAGAAACAUCAGUGGAUUGCCAGUGGCUAUGUACGGAUUACGCGGUGUCGACUGCGAGCAGUUACGACAGUUCCUCAGCGGCAUCAGGGCCCAGAAGUACCAUCUUCAGUAUGCGUCUGUGAAGUGCGGUCCAAUGACAUUCUCGUUCUGCAUGGGCUUCUCAUGCAAUCCUGAUGAUUUCGGCGUGAACGGUUACAACAGGACUACCCAUACUGCAUACAAAAAAUGA